AUGGACCCAUACAAGUUUAACAGCUGGAUCCGAAUUUUAAUAUGCCUUUGUUCUAUCGGCGCGUACCUUUUGAUUGCUCUGAUGUUGCCUUUGUUCGUGGCAGUGCACAACUUCGAAACAAGGUUCGGGAUUUUCUUCGUCUCUCCCUAUAAUGACAACAAGUACAUUUCGUGGUAUAAGUUUGAAGGUCACAUUUGCAGCAGCGAUAAGCUGCACGAAGAAACAUCCAAGACGAAGAAUUACGCCAAGGAGACAAGGUCCAUCCUGUGCGGCUCCAUAAAUUUCCUUAAACAUUAUUUUUUAAUAGUCUUCAUAAUCACAGCAAUAAACCUAUUGAUAGUCAAAGGCAUGCUGAUAUACACGCAUUUCCGAGAGCACCCCGAAUCCUUUGCGCUCAAGCACGUGCACUUUUGCAACAAGCUGAUCAUGUUUGGAAAAACGCACUACCUGCACGCCGGGUUCUACAUUCUCAUGGCGGACUUCCUGUCUCACUUUUUGAUCAUCAUUUUUGUGAAGAGAGAUAAAACAAUCUUAAAAUGCGUAUGCGAAUUGGAGCUUUUGCCCUGGGAAAAGAAGCAGAAGCUGCACACCCACAACGCGGACUACAAUGACACUUUGAUUAGUCCCGCCGAGCUGACAAAUUACCUCCACGCCAUGUUUCAGGAAGAGCACAUAACAGAGGACCAACUCAAAAAUUUCUUCGGAACGGACAACUACGAACAGAUUUACUACAUCAUAAUGAAUAAUGUGAAAACUCAGAAGCAGAUGGCGUAUGCGAAUGCGUACCCGUAG